AUGUCUAUCAUUCUUAACCUCUUGAAAUUACUAAAGUUUGGUAUUAAUGUGCAGACUGCUUUUUCCUUAAAUCAUAAAAGCAGGAGGAAUUGUAUGUUAACAAUGGGAAAAUGCUUUCGGUCCUUUAAGAACUUGCUAACAGUGAAGUACAUUCUUCCUUUCGAAGACCAACCGGAGCUCCUCAAAAGACCACCAAUUCAAUAUACUUUUAUUGAGGAUGAAGAUUGGACAAUAUUUGUCAAAGAUAGAUUGUCUGACAACUUUAAGGAAUAUCGAGAAAUUCAAAAAGAAAGAAGAAAGAGAAACAUUUAUAAUCACCAUCUAAGUAGGAAAGGAUAUGCCGGUCUUGAGGAAGAGAUGAUGGUUGCAAGUGGAUCAAUUGAAACUAUUGAUCGAAGCAUAUUGUGGAAGAAAGCAAGGGAAAAAAAGGACGGCACCUUUGAUGAAGUGGCCAUACCAGUAAUUGAGAAAAUAGACAAGCUAUUGAAAGAGUCUCAAGAGAAUGGUAGAAGUGUUAGUGGAAGUAAUGAUAUACUUGUGGAAGCAUUGGGUACUCCUGAGUAUAGUGGUCGAGUUAGGGCCAAAGGGAAGCACUACACAUCUCGCCAAUAUUUCAAUAGUGUUGCAGAUCGUGCUGUCAGGGAUUUCAUAGCAGCAUCUAAAGAAGAACAAAGAAUAUUUCAGGCAGAAGUGCUAGCAAAACUGUCUCAAGUAGGAGCUGUUACUCCCCAAUCUGAUGUUAGCAGUUCAAACAUGAAGCAAAAACAACUUCUCCUACCAGAAGUAGUGGAUAAGCCAAUCCGUAAAGUUGAAGAUGUGACCCCACCAGAAGCAAUAGAACCACAGAAGAAGGUUAGAAAAUGUGAGCUGGCCAUAGGCACCAAGGAAAAUAUAGUGGCAGGUGGAACAAUUAUACUUGAAUGUGGUCUCAACUAUUUAGUAGUUGUUGAUGCUCCUUAUGAUUCAAGUGCACCCCUUCCCAUUCCUAUUCUUGGACAAACUACUACUGUUGGGGCUGCAAUUGGUUACCAAGUUUUGUGGCCAACUGAUUUGGUCAUCAUCCGCAUCUAA